CAGAAUUGAGAGACGGAAGAGGUCGUUCACUGGCUGCAGAUUGUACUUCAAAAAGCAGAAUGAUGCAUCUCCCUUCCGUACUUCUCGUUUUUGUGUUAUACACAUUUAAAGAAACAUGUGAGGCUACCGUUACCGAGUAUUCUGAGCUGGGAAGAGUGAUAGAUCUUCGAAAGGUCAACUUACUGGCCAACUUCAAUGAGCAAGAGAACAGGAUCUUUGAGGAGCUCCCCCCGAAAUGUUUCAUAAAGAAACCUUUGAAAUCUUCAAGCAGCUACCUCGAUUAUUAUGCAAGUACCAAGCAAUUUUAUAAAUCACUUGCCACCCAGUCAAGCUUGAGCGCCUCUUUACAGUCCUCCUACUCGUUGGGUUUUACGGUAUCAGUAGCAACAGACAUCCAAACUUCAGAGAGUACUGAAGUAAGUGGCAUGUCUUUAGACAAGCAGGCGCCAACGGAAAAGAUCCACGUCGAUAAAGAAUGUCUAGUAAAUGCUGACAUCUCCACCUUAAAAGGAACAUUUCUAAAAGACUUCGAGGACUUGCCCGUAAACAUCAAAAAUCCCUGGAAACAAAACUCAUGGAGAGAGUAUAGUAAUUUUCUUAAAAAAUACGGCUCUCAUGCCAUAACGUCGGUGGUGCGCGGAUCAAGAUUUCAGCAGAUGGUAUUCGCAGAGAGCUCUAAAGCUUACACUGAAAGAGAUUUCCAAGUAAAAGCUUGCCUUUCGGCAGCAGGACCUACCCAGGUUGGAGAGGUUGGCAUUUCUGCAUGUUCAAACAUAAGCCAAAGUGAGAUAUCCAAAGUGAGCACGAUGAGCAUAAGCAAGAAACGCUUUGUCAAAGGUGGAAAAAGGGAAACAAACAGCGAGCUGGCAAACGGAGCGACGUCGGCUGAAUUGCUUGGCCAACUCAUGAAUGAAGCAGACGAAUUUCCCGCGUCUGUUCAGCACACCUUUAUGGCGAUCUGGACCAUCCUAGUAAGCCGAUUUAAACAGGGAUCUCCUAACAAUAUCCGAGCUACAAACCUUGAGUACUACUAUCUUGGUUUCUUGAAUUAUGGUUGUCCCUUCAUAAGUAACGAUGGACUUGCCAUACAAAAAUUUGACCAUACCAGAGGCUCCAGUGAGAAGUAUCCAGAAUUCGAGUGUACCCUGGCAAAAGAGGGCUGCCACAAAAGCGAUGACUGCCAUUACAGACCCAUUUGGUGCUCCUGUCGUGGUCCAACAUGUGUCCGUUACAAGAGAGUGAAAGAGGGUGCAGGUGACUCUAAGUUAACUGCAUAUCCAAACACAUAUGAAGAUUGGGGAUGGCAUGGUUGCGAUUGGAAAGUUGCAGGAUCUUAUUGCGACUGCUAUAAUGACAAUCGGGAUCAGCGGAAAACUGUGUGGGCCCUGCCAAACAGAGAUGCCGCUACACAUAAAGCAUCGACCAAAACCGCUGCAAAAAAGGCAGAAGAUUAAUGUCUCCAAAGCACACUGCCGGAAAAUAGAAAUGAAAGACGAAAGAAACUUUAAAUUUUGACCCACUUACGUAAUUAUUGAAAUUUGGCACGCUUAAACUAUGCAUUAGUCUCAUUUUGUCUGAAUAAAGGAUGUAAUGUGUACGUCACCACAUUUGAUAGCACCCACACCCUGUUAGUGUAGAGAUUGUAUUGAAAAGCUAUUUUCCUGAGAAUGAGAGAGAAAGACAGAAAUAACUACUCUUAAAAUGUAGUAUCGAUUAAGGUUGAUCUAAAGGGCAUUGACUGAAAUCUCAUCCAGGUUUGCGUAAUUGAAUGUUUCACAAAAGAGGCCAUAAAAGCAAAAUAAGUAAAAAAUUGAACAAUCGCUAAAAUGAUUUGUCGUCUCCUCUGAUACGCUCGAGCCUAAGCAAGAUCCAGAUAGAUUUUCCCUCCUUUAUUAAGAUCCUUUCAACCUGGAAAAUGGCUGAAAGCCAUUUCCGAGUUGAUAUUCCGACCCCUUAAACGUAGAGGGCAAAAUUACUAAAUGCUGAUCGGCUCAGACAAAGGGUAUUUAUUGCUAUCGGACAUUAUUUCAAGAGUAUUUCAACACUGACUAAUACAAAAUUACAAGAGUUGUGAGAGAUUUGUAAGUGUCAACGGAGAGUUUCCCCUUUUUUUACGUCAUAACCCGCUAACUCGUUACCAAUCUAUAGGACACCUUUAAGACAAAAUGAAAGCACUUAAGAGAGUGUCUCUGUAAGAGCGGUCCGAUCGAUUUUGCUUGAGACACGAGUAUCCCUGUAGUACAGCAAAUGGAACAGGGAUUUCAUCACAAUCAAUUUCCAAAAAUGUAGCUUUUUCCAGGGGGUCUUUCAUGUGCUCGAACGUUAUAUUGGCUUUGAGCCUAGAGAUUUA